CGGACGGAUUCGCCGACCGAAAGAAAUUGUGGCGUGGUCAUGUUGUCUACGGUCUACGGACUAGCUGAACGAAAGCAUAGAUAAGUCGGGCGAUUAGCCCAGCUUUCUCAUUUUGAUCAGCUUUUGCCAUUCCGAAAACAUGUUUCGCAAAGACAAGACCGAAAACGUGCUCAACAACACGGGCUCUCCGCCCGAGUACAGCAAGGAGAGCGCGACCAUUCAAGGUGACGCAGCGCCCGCUACUGGGGUCAACCCUUCCACAUGGCAGCGGAUCUGGCCGACAUUGGCAUGCGGAGCCGGAUUGUUCUCCGACGGCUAUCUUCAAGCGGUCAUUGGCCCAGUCAACACGCUGCUUAAGAAGCUCUAUCCCAAUCAAUAUGCCAAUAGUUCAGCAGCCCAGAACGUGACGUCCAUUGCCUUUGCAGGCACCGUGGUGGGCCAGCUGCUCUUCGGAUACACGAGUGACCACUAUUCUCGGAAAUGGUCACUCCUUAUCUCGACCAUAAUUUUGUUCGUCUUUGCUGCACUUGGAGCAGGUUCUUAUGGUGCCAAUGGUAGCAUUCAGGGCCUCCUAGCAGCUCUUACUGCCUAUCGUUUCCUCCUCGGCAUUGGUAUUGGUGGUGAGUAUCCUGCUGGAUCUGUAAGCGCAGCAGAAUCUACUGCCUCUAUCAAGGAAGGACAGCGCAACCGUUGGUUCUGCCUGUUCACCAACACCCAGAUUGAUUUUGGCUUUGUCGUCGGCUACAUCGUGCCUAUGGUCGUCGCUGCCAUUGCUCCAACCAAUUAUGAGCUCAUCUGGCGAUUGUCCCUCGGUCUUGGUGUCAUUCCGCCGCUUUCACUGCUUUAUCUCCGUCUCAAAGUCCAGGAAUCCGAGUCCUUCUCCCGAGGCAGCUUUCGUGGACAAAAGACACCUUACUGGCUUGCACUCAAAUUUUACGGUCCACGACUCUUAAUUGUGUCCAGCAUAUGGUUUAUCUACGAUUUUUUGAGCUACCCCUUUUCAAUCUAUUCAAGCGAUUUCAUCGCGACAAUAUUGGGGCCGGGAGAGCAUGAAUACUGGAGAAUUUUUGGUUGGGGCGCCCUGGUCAACUUUUUCUACCUGCCAGGUGCUAUCUUCGGCGCCUUCACUUCGGACUGGAUGGGACCACGAUUGGCCCUUUUCGUGUUCGUUAUUGCGCAGGGUAUCGUCGCUUUCAUUAUGAGCGGCUGCCUUUAUUUCCUGGAAAUGCCCAAGUACGUGGGCGCUUUCGUGGUAGUCUACGGAAUCUUCCUUGCGCUCGGAGAAAUGGGCCCUGGAGAUAACAUUGGCCUCGUUGCGAGCAAGACCUCUGCAUCGGGCAUACGUGGCCAGUAUUAUGGUCUUGCUGCAGCUUGUGGCAAGAUUGGAGCAUUCGUUGGCAGCUACGUGUUUCCUAUCAUUCAAAACGAUGGUGGAGGAGAAGAUACUUUGCAGGGAAAGCAGUAUCCUUUCUACGUUGCGGGAGCUCUAUGCUUUGUCGCUGCCUUCUUGGUCAUGCUAUUGCCGAACAUCGGCCAGAACACUAUUCAAGAAGAAGAUGCGAGAUUUCGUGCUUACUUGGACCAGCAUGGAUGGGACACAUCGGGUAUGGGCUUGAAGGGGUUUCAGGAAAGGGACGAGAGUGAGGUAAAGCAAUGAUUCGCCUGCGACCGACAUCAAAUUUGAGAGAAGUGUAUGAAAUUGAGAGUUUUUUGUGACUG